AUGGUCACUUGUUUUGGUUGUAUAAGCUUGUGGCUCUUCCUGGAAGGACUUUUCAACCCCACGACGAACCAGCGAGAGCCCCAUAGAGGCCUACCAGACUAUAGUCAUAACGGGACGGAGCACUCGUUACCUGCCAUUUCGAUCCUAUUCCAUUGUCAGACCCAGUUUGGCAGCGAACUCACCAUGGCUGAAACCAUUGCUGAAAACACUGCCAAGCUCCAGCUUGAUGCGGAGACUGGGGAAAUGGUCUCCAAGAAUGAGCUCAAGAAGCGUACGCAGAAGCGGGCCAAGAAGACGGCCGCCGCCGUGUUGCGCAACAGCAGACAAGCAUCGACGCCAUUGCCAACCGGAGGUCAGGAUCUGACCAACACGCCAGGCGGCAAACCCGCUAAGACCGAUGAGGCUACUUUCGACCCAGACGCCAUGUUCAAGCAGGGAUUCCUGGCAGAGGUCUACAAGCUUCGCCAAUCGGAAAAUGUCGUGACGCGAUUCCCACCAGAGCCGAAUGGCUACCUCCAUCUUGGGCACUCCAAGGCCAUUGCUAUCAACUUUGGGUUUGCCAGACAUCAUGGCGGCAAAACAGUGCAUAACGCCGAAAAAGAGGAGUACUACCUGGCCAUUGAGGAGACGAUUCGGUGGCUGGGAUUCACCCCGUCCGAGAUCACAUAUGCGUCGGACAACUUCCAGCGCAUGUACGACCUCGCUGAGGAGCUGAUCAAGAAGGACAAGGCCUACGUGUGCCACUGCAAUGAAUCCGAGACCAAGCUGCAGCGUGGCGGCGAGGAUGGCUUGACCCCGAGAUAUCGUUGCGCGCAUGCAAAGCAGGAUGUCGACACCAACCUCAAGAAAUUCCGCGGCAUGCGUGACGGCGAAUACGCUCCACAAACCGCCUGGCUCCGCAUGAAGCAGGAUAUUGAGAAUCCGAACCCCCAGAUGUGGGAUAUUGCCGCCUACCGAAUUCCCAAGGAUCAGCAUCCUCAUCUUCGGACGGGUACCAAAUGGCGCGUGUAUCCGACUUAUGACUUUGCGCACUGCUUGUGUGAUAGCUUUGAGGGCAUCACGCACAGCCUAUGUACCACCGAGUUCAUCAUGUCGCGAGAGAGCUACGAAUGGCUCAACCACUUAUACGAGAGCAGGCUUCUGGUGGAAUACCAGCCGAUGCAACGCGAAUAUGGCCGCUUGAAACUUGACGGCACGGUCUUGAGCAAGAGAGACCUAAGAAGGUUGGUAGAAGAAAAGGUCGUUCGCGGCUGGGAUGAUCCGCGUCUGUAUACCCUCAAGGGGAUACGGCGACGAGGUAUACCCCCAGCAGCUCUUCUUGCCUUUAUUUAUGAGCUUGGCGUGACCACCGCCCUGACGUCCAUCAACAUCAAACGUUUUGAGCAGUCUAUUCGACGGUGUCUUGAGAAGGAUGUUCCUCGUCUUAUGCUGGUUCUCGACCCUGUGCGUGUGGUGAUUGAAGACGCCGAGGAGCAGGAUCUCGAUAUACCCUUUCUGCCGAGGGACCCAAAGAUGGGAUCCCAUAAAAUUCGGCUGACAAAGAGUGUCUACAUCGACCGCUCUGACUUCCGCGAGGUUGAUAGCAAGGACUACUUCCGUCUCGCCCCAGGCAAGAUCGUUGGUCUCCUGCACAUGCCAUAUCCUAUCAAGGCCAUCUCUUUUACCAAGGAUGAGGCCACUGGAGCCGUCACAGAGAUUCAAGCAGUCUUUGACAAGGAUGGCAAGAAGCCCAAGACAUUUAUCCAGUGGGUACCUGAGGGCUCGCCCAAGGCUGAAGUGCGUAUUCAUGCGGCCCUAUUUAAAUCAGACCAGCCCAAAUCGGUGCCCGGAGGGUUUAUGAACGACAUCAACCCUGACAGUGAGAUUAUAUGGCCGAACGCCAUGAUCGAAACUGGCUUCUACGAAGUGCGCCGUCGUGCGCCAUGGCCCGAGGCAGAGGGUGAGAAAACUAGGGAGUGCGGACCUGACAGUAUCCGAUUUCAGGGCAUGCGUGUCGCUUACUUUGCCUGUGACUCGGACAGUACGGAUGAUAAGAUUGUGCUCAACCGCAUUGUAGCUUUGAAGGAGGACUCCAAGUCCAUGGGCUGGGUCGACUUUUGUUACGAAAAUUCAGACUCGGCUGGUGUCUUCUCUGUGAAAGCCUUUCAUCGUUCCCACAGGAGCACCACCGUUGGCCACAGCCACUGCAUUCUUAUUGUGCUACAGUCCUGCCCUACAGGCCUCACCUCAUCCAUGUAG